AUAAAGACGAUGGAAUAACAAAUGGAAGCCUAAGGGCGAUGGUGGGAUAAUGUAUAGCCUAAAUGGCUACAUGAUGAUACUAUGAAGCCUUUAAGGUAAGAAUGUGGAAUGGGAAGCCGAAGGGCGAUAAUUUGUUCAUAUGAAAUGGUGAAUGUGACUAUGUGAAUACUAUGAUUACGUGAAUGGAUAUGUGUUAAAUGAUUGAUUAUACAACUUGAUACUUGUGAUGUCACUAACUAAAAAAUGGUAUGAUCACCUAAAUUAAACUUAAAGGCACCCGUUGUGUAGUCUAUGAGAUGAGUGUCCGACCAGCCCGACACUUGAUGCCAAAAGCUGUGAAGUGAUAUGGGGUCUGACCGGUGAGGCACUUGAUGCGAAAUGUUGCAAAAUGAUAUAGGGUCCGAUCGGCCUGGCACUUGAUGCCAAAAGCUGCACCAUCUUAGGGUUUAUAGUUUAUAAUUUAGAUAAUUAGGACCUAGGGUUCACUCAUUAAGGGUUAUAAUAUAAGGCCCAAAAAUCCUGCUAAUUUGAAUGGUCACGUGGUAAGGUGGUUGUGAACCAUAGGGAAGGGCGAACAGAGCCGAGGAAAACAUGGGCCUAGAGAUCGAGCGGGUGAUCGGGCUGGUGAUCAGCACGACACAGGGGAGCAACGAGAGAGACCAUGUUGCACGCAUUGCCAUAGUCUUGGACAUCAGCGGGAUUCUUGUUAUGAACUGGUUGGGUAUCCUCCUGGGUAUCUCACAAGAGAUCGACAAGGGGACAGACCGCAACGGAGGCGUACUCGUGAUACAUGAGAGAGCUCUCAGCGCGAGCCCAAAGCUUCGCAAGUCGAUGCAGAUGCGAGUCUAGUCCCUGGCUUAACCGUUGCGCAGCUGGACUAGCUAAAACAAUUUUUUGGCUAUUCGGGAAAGGCAGCGGAUGAUCCUUCAACUCACAUGGCAUGUAUGAUCUCCUAUGAUUCCGAAUGGUUACUAGAUUCCGGUUGCAAUGAGCAUAUUACCAUGGAUGAGUCGAUGUUAUCAAGUAAAGAACUACAUGUUAAUGGACAACUGGUUCGUAUUCCUAACGGUGAUAGUAUUCCUGUUAAACAUGUGGGUUCAGUUACUCUCCAGGAAGGUCUUACCCUAGGGAGAGUACUUCACGUACCUGAGUUUCGAUGUAACCUCAUCUCUAUGAGUAGACUGCCGAAGGAUAACCGUGUGGCUUUGAUUUUUCUUGAAAAUUUCUGCGUCAUUCAGGACUUACUUUCCAAGAAGUUGAUUGGGAAGGAUGAGCUGCGAGAUGGGCUGUACUACUUGCAUUUGUUUGGAGCUGGACGAACGCAGGCUUGUGCGGCACAGCGACGAUAUUCAGUUUCAGAGGCCACAUGGCAUGCCCGUCUAGGGCAUCCUUCUUUUGAUAAACUCUCUUCAUUUAGUUCGUUAUUGAGCAUGUCUUUCAGGAAUAAUAGUCCUUGUCACUCUUGUUCGAGGGCUAAGGAGACUAGAGAACCUUUUUCGUUGAGCACGAUCAAAAUGAAAUCAAAGUUUGAAC